UUAAAGCCUUGUAAGACUCACUCAGACCUUCCCGGCGGUUCCCAGAGUUCUUUUGCUCGCGUGCACUCUGCCGCCGCAGUUCAUCACCGUACUUCGCCGACGGCCGCCGGGUUCAUAACAGAAGGCAAUGACGGAGGUUUUCGUGCAUCUGAUGCUACCCUGAAGGGUGCUCAGAGUGUUAAAGUGCAGCCUAUUGAAGUUCCAGCUAUUCCUGUGGAACAAAUAAAGGCAUUAACUGAUAAUUUUGGAAGCAAUUCUUUAAUAGGAGAAGGUUCUUAUGGCCGAGUCUAUUAUGGCUUACUAGAAAACGAGAAAGCUGCUGCAUUAAAAAAAUUAGAUGCCAGUAAGCAGCCUGAUCAAGAAUUUCUGGCUCAGGUGUCAAUGGUUUCAAGAUUGAAUCAUGAAAAUGUUAUUCAACUGCUUGGAUACUGUAUUGAUGGCAGUCUACGUGUCCUCGCAUACGAGUUUGCAACAAAUGGCUCUCUUCAUGACAUCCUUCAUGGGCGUAAAGGUGUCAAGGGAGCACAGCCUGGUCCAGUUCUGUCGUGGGCUCAGAGAGUCAAAAUAGCUGUAGGAGCAGCAAGAGGACUUGAAUACUUGCAUGAGAAAUCACAACCCCCCGUCAUCCAUCGUGAUAUCAAAUCCAGCAAUGUCCUUCUUUUCGACGAAGAUGUUGCAAAGAUUGGUGAUUUUGAUCUUUCGAAUCAAUCUCCGGACACAGCGGCUCGGCUUCACUCAACUAGAGUACUUGGUACAUUUGGAUAUCAUGCUCCUGAGUAUGCGAUGACAGGACAGCUUAGUUCGAAGAGCGAUGUUUAUAGCUUUGGUGUUGUACUUUUGGAGCUACUUACAGGCCGUAAGCCUGUCGAUCAUACGUUACCACGGGGUCAGCAAAGUCUUGUGACAUGGGCAACGCCGAGGCUUAGUGAAGACAAGGUAAGUCAAUGUGUUGACACGAGGCUAGGAGGAGACUAUCCUCCCAAGGCAGUAGCCAAGUUUGCUGCAGUGGCGGCCUUGUGUGUGCAAUAUGAAGCUGAUUUUCGGCCAAAUAUGAGCAUUGUUGUCAAAGCUCUUCAGCCUCUUCUCAAUUCUCGGGUCAGUGGUUCUGUUGCUGAUGCUAUAUAUAUAUAUAUAUAUGUCCAUGUAAAUUGGCGCAGACAGAUUCCCUCUUUUGGAACUAUUUUCUGUAAUUUAUUUUUUUGUUUUGAUUUGCAUAUAUACUAUUUAAAGAAAUGUUUAGGGGAAAAAGAGAACAUAAAUUUUGAUUUUUGUUUUAUUAUAUGUUAUGAUGCUACUGCUGGCAAAUUUACAUUUCUAACCUCUAAACUUUCAUAUUUACCUGAGGUAUCAAAAUUCACGACAAAAUUCAAGGUUAUGAAAACCGGACCAAACAUCGAAUCAGAAGGAAGAGGCUCAACAUUCAUUGAUUCAACUGGGGGUCGAACCGGAGGUUGA